AGUGGUGGUCUCAGUGCCUGUGUGACCUAUAGUCCCCAAAUCUCUUUCCUUUAACGUCACGAGGUGCGUGCAACAAAACGAGGCACUAUCAACUGAGCUCUUUACAUUAACCCAGCUCGCGCACGAGCCGCCGUCAGCUGUGUGCCUCGCACGCGUCCAACUCUGCAGUUUUACACAUAUAAAACUACAGGGCUCUCCUUGGCUUGCGGAUAUGUUUUGUUUCUGUCAACAGUUUUAUUGAUAGCGCGAAUUUAUUGAAUAAAAGGGAAACAAAUCAAAAUUCUAAUUAAUUUGAAGGCGGGAGGCGCGAGUGCUAAGCGCGUGAGGCAAAGCCGAGACAAUAAAUAGAAGCUGCCCGCUGUAACGGUCAUCGUAACGUCCGUCGCCGUCGUAAAACUGAGGGGAAAUCGUAAACUGACGCUCAAAACCAAGACUCCAACCAACUUUAAACCCUUUAAACGGACUCUCACACAGAAACCCAAAGAAAACACGACGAAAAGAAGCUUCAUCUGCUAAAACAAACGACUGGUUUCAGAACUUGGACAGCUCCCUGGUGCAGCCGCCUACACACGGUAGCACAUCGAGUAACUGUUUGAGGAUUCGGUGAAACUACAUCGCAGAAUCGUCUUUGCGAGAUUUCGGUUUAGUCCCGGGUUUUCUCCCCUUAUAUUGUGGAGCCAUGACCAGUCUACUUUUGGGAGAGAAGCAGCUUUUUGAGAAGUUCUGGAAGGGAACGUUCAAAGCCGUGGCUAUGCCGCGACCUGAGAGCAUCAUCGUGGCCAGCAUCACCGCACGGAGAGCCGCGACAAAAUCGGAGACAGCUGUUACGCUAUCACCUAAAGACAAUGAAGAGAAAGCAGAAAAUAAAGACACAGUUUCAAAAACUCGAAAGAAAAAUGGACACACAAAACAUAGAGGACGUAAACGUCACAGCCACCGCCGAGCCCGCAGCGUUUCUUUUGAUGCUGAUCUUUCCCCUCGGCCGAUGCCUAAAGCGAAGAAAAAGAAAAAGAAGUCCGGGAGGAAGAGGAGAAGACACAGGUCUCCCUCCUGCAGUCCAUCGCCUGUGAGGAAGAAAAAGAAGAAGAAGAGCUCAAAGAAAAGGAAGCGACACAGGUCUGCUUCAAGGAAGGGGAGACACAGUGGUUCGAGUCCUAGACGUAAAAGGAAGGAGGACAAAAAACAUAAAAAGAGGUCAAGGAGUCACCCUCACCGCAAACAUCGACACCGGAAACCUAUUAGGAGCUCCUCUUAUAUGGAACACAGGCACAGAUCCGAAGACAGUGAUAAAUCUAGUUUCCCAGAAGACGGUCAUUCGUCAGCUGAUCACAGAGGCGACACACGCAGGUCGGCAAUCAAGCUGACCAAUAAAAUCUCGCCUAAGUGCUGCUGCCGAUUUGCUGCGAGCACCGUAACUGUCUCUCCAUCGCAUUGUGGGGUUGAAGCGGUGGUUGUCCAGGACUCACUGUCCAAUAAGGGCAAAGGACAUGCAGAUUACGAUUCGGGACAUGACACGUCCUCUCCACCAUCGAGUAAAAAUGGCAUCACAAGGUCUAAAGUUGGAAACGAAAAGGUUUCGUCUUCAGAGAAACUUAAACUUGUAGAUGGGGACAAUGCCUCGGAUUCAGGCAAUUCACUGACCAGUUAUAUCUCUCUGGGUAAACCGGUGAUCAGAGAAAAUACCACACACACCUCUGUCUUCAACAAGUUCAAAGGUGAAGAAACAGGUAGAUGCUCUGAUUCAGAGAGGACAAAGCCUACACAUCUCACCACUAAUAGGAAUCGGAGUCCAUCAUAUGAUAGAUAUCGGAAUCGAACAAAACCCCGCAGCAGAAGCAUAUCAUCCCAAAGCAGAUACUCAGGACGCUAUUCCAGGAGUCGAUCCCUGUCCUCGGGCAGGAGAUCAUAUUCCCGUUCAUCCAGUUAUUCGCUGGAUUCACGGAGAGGAAGCCUGUCUAGCGCAAGCAGUUGCCAUAGUCUCAGUUCCUCACCAGACAGGUUUCGAGAGCGGAAGAGACACUGCAGUUCUUGCGAGAGAAAAAAGCACAGCAGGAGAAGACCUUGUUCUCCGAUAAGGAAGAGAAGAAGAGAUUCCCCCAGCCACCUGGAAGCCCGUAGAAUUACAAGUGCCAGAAAGAGGCCCAUCCCGUACUACCGUCCCAGUCCUUCCGUCAGCAGCCGUUCCUCCAGCCUCCUCUCCUGGCGCCUGUUUUCUCUCAGUCGCAGUCGUUCACGCAGUCGGAGUCGCACUUAUUCAUCAUAUAGGAGCUAUAGCCGCAGCUCGUCGUGGAACUCUAUAUAUAGCAGACGCAGCCGCAGCAGAAGCUAUGACUCAAUGGCGAGCUACAGCCGAGCCCGUCGCUAAUUUACAAACGAACCGGCUGCCGAGAUGCUGAGCCACGGCGCAAGCGAGGACCCGAUCCGAUUUCAACUGGAAGCGAAAUGGAGCAGCACUAAGAACAUGCUGCGCUUGGGUAUGGAACGCCAGGCAGUGACAGGAUCAUCUGUUCAUUGUCAGAUAAGACUGAAGCUUUCCAUAUUGUUGUGUACUAAAGUGUGUGCUUUCACCCGCCCUGCUCAAACGUAAAGAAAAUCUUGUCUGUUAGUCACAAACCCUGCUUUUAUAGAAGGUCCAGUACAUGCUGCACAUGGAAGUUUUCACAAUACGUGAAGGAUUCAUUACAAAAGCAGUAACAGGUUAAGCGAAGUGUAUGCGCGCAGGCUCCUAUAGCCUUGACUGUACGAAUCUAUUGUAUUUUUGUAGCGUUUUCUUCUUUAAAGGAUACGUCAAACACGCUCAAGAAAAAAAAGAUUUAUUGCUUCCAUAACAGCUUUUACCGAGAGCAGCCGCUUUUGUGUCGCACACACCUUCACUUUGAAAAAUGUGCUAUCCAAAUUGGCCCCACCGGCAAACAUACACCCCAUCAGCCCAAAUGCCAGCUUUAUUUAUCUUCUGUUGAACUGGAAAACAAUUUAAAUGUCAUUGGCUGUGAUGAAAAUGAUGGCAGACGGUCAAAAUCAAGUGGAUGUGCUUCAGUGGCAGGAACCCUCUUACAGGCCAGCUGCCAAUCAAAUAUGUUAAACUUGCGUAUUAAUCUUGAGACGACAGGACGUGACUUUUAUUCAUAGGAUUAAAAGAAAAGGUGUACAUUUUUGGACUUUGUCCAGUGUAUUAACCCACUAGUGUGCCUGCAUAUUAUUAUUAUUUUUAUUAUUGAUAAUAAUAAUUAUUAUUGUUAUUAGCAUGACCCUUGUGUCUUAAUUUUAUUUAAUUAUUUAUUGUUUCUAGCGCUUAGUCGUUUAGUCCGUGAUCAUUUCUGUACAGCCUAAAAUAAUGUGCACAUCAGUACAUUUCUUUAUUUAUUAUUCAGAUCAUUUGAAUUAUUUAUAAGAAACUUUAUAUUUUUUCGACAUUUCAGAAAUGAGUCAAAAAAAUCUCUAAACCUGCACUAAUUCAGUCUGACUGUGUAAAUCUUCACAUAAUGAUAGUGUUUAUAAAUGUGAAUGUUUAAAAAUACAUCGCUGCUCUUGGUGACGCAUCAUUGCAGAUAAACCAAGAAACUAGAUAAACAGAGACAGCUGUCAUAAGACAUCAGUCAUAAUGUCUAGAUCAAGGCUUUCCUAAAGGAUCAAAGAUAGUUGCUGUGUGAUCCAGAUUGACAAGGGAGCGUCUAAAAAUCAUAACACCUCCAUCGCAACACACGAUGACAGUUUCUUUGUUUAUAUGUCCUUUUGGAGUGCUUGUUAAGCGAAGGCAUGGUGAUCUCUAUGCACUGUAGACUUUUAGCCGUCUGACUGUUGUGAAUUCUGACACUUGUACAGAUAAUUAGUUGUACUGUAGAUGGGAGCUCGAAACACUUGAAGCGGAUCAAAUGUUUUAUCUUCUUAAAUUCAUCUUGUUGUUUCGUCUCAAACCGUUAGCGAGUUUAGUAAAUAAUUAUGUAAAUCUGUCGUGUAAAUAUGCAAACGUUUAGCGCUGCAAUAUUAGGCAUGGACUUUAUUUAUUUUGAUGGAGUGGUGGGACCGGCUUUCUGAUUUGCAUAAAUUGCAUCGCUGUUUAUUUUUAUUCCCUCUAAAUGCUGAGGGUUUGCCAUGAAUCCAGUCUGUGCUACACAAAUUCAUGAGAAGACAAGCAGCAGUCCAAACACGCUACAAGUGUUUGGAUUGCAUUUGCUAAACACCUGCAGAUUGUUGCCAUAUCAUGCCAGUUUUAUCCUUGUUUUUGGACAUGUAACUACAAUUAUAAAGCACAUGCUGAGGUCUUUAAGGAUGCAAACCCCACCCCCCCACCCAUCCUUAUUCUACGA